AUGUCUUCAAGAACCUACCCAGCCUGGUUUCACAGGGUACGGAGCCUGGUGCAAGACCGUAAGGCACGGGGACAGGCCUUUAGAUAUUAUGACGAUGAACUACCUACCAGGCCCCAAGACUACGACGAAGAUCUCUCUGAAUGCCCCAAUGAUAGUGGGGACUCUGACCAAUCGUCUAUACUGAGCGACAUCUCCGGAAAUGCCUCCAGCGAAAAGGUCCAGUACUAUGCAAUGAAGAAACAGCGAAAUGAACGCAAGAAGCAAUUGAGAGAUCGGAGGACCGGGCAAGGGUCGAACCAAAGCGAUGACGAAUGGUCUGAAGAGACAGAGGUCCAGAAGGAGUUGGAGAUCGAAGAGGAAGAGAUUAGGCCGAUCAAAGAAGCCCUCACCGAAGCACAACAGUCACCCGAAGAGAAUUCUGCUCACCUCAAAAAGCUAGGAGGUAGACUCUUUAGGCUCUGGUCUACUGACCACGUAAAGUACUGCACUUUUGAGACUGCGCCGAAGAGAUACAUUGAGUUCUACGAUCCCAAGGAAUUCCGAGGAUUCAAAACCUACCCAGACGGUAAAAUUGACGGUCAUAUUUAUAUGGUGUCGGACGACAUGUGUGAAAUUGAUAAUUUCACACCCCCCAAAAACCCAAGCCUGGACUUCGUUCGGCUUGAUGGAAAUCCAGGCCGUCAUUGUUUUGAGGUUCAGUUUUUUUGA